GGGCCCUGCUGGAAGAGGCGCAGCAGCGAGGUGGCGGGCUGCGUGCGCAAACAGGGCUGCCGCCUCCUGGGCCCGGAGAACGGGAAGUGAGACACUGGAUCUGAGGGAGCGCCAUGGCAGUGUUUCUGGAGGCCAAGAAUGCCCAUUCGGUCCUGAAACGGUUCCCUCGUGCCAAUGAAUUCCUGGAGGAGCUGCGCCAGGGGACCAUCGAGCGGGAGUGCAUGGAGGAGAUCUGCAGCUACGAGGAGGUCAAGGAGGUGUUUGAGGACAAGGAGAAAACGAUGGAGUUCUGGAAAGGGUACCCGAAUGCGGUCUAUUCAGUCCGAGACCCUGCGCAGAGCUCAGACGCCAUGUACGUGGUGGUGCCCCUUCUGGGGGUGGCGUUGCUGAUUGUCAUCGCCUUGUUCAUCAUCUGGAGGUGCCAGCUGCAGAAGGCCACCCGUCAUCACCCCUCAUAUGCUCAGAACCGGUACUUAGCGAGUCGCGCGGGGCACAGCCUGCCCCGGGUCAUGGUGUACCGGGGCACCGUGCACAGCCAGGGGGAGACCUCUGGGCACCGGGAGACAGGGAGCCCCCCGCAGGUGGUGCUGGGGCCUAGUCGCGGGGGUAGAACCACGGUCCGCCUCGAGAGCGCCCUCUACCUUCCUGAGCUGUCUCUCUCCAGGCUGUCCAGUGCCACCCCUCCGCCGUCCUACGAGGAGGUGACAGGUCCCCAGGAGAGCAGCGGUGAGGAGGCGAGCGUCUCUUACAGCGACCCGCCCCCGAAGUAUGAGGAGAUAGUGGCCGCCAACCCCGACUCAGACAAGUAGCAGGACUUGGGUCCUGUCCAGUGUGAAAGCCUCGUUCAGGGGCCUCCUGUUUUCUUUUUAACUUUUUUAAGACUGUGCCACCACAAAACAGCCUUAGCCUCCUUGUUGCCAAAUAAUUUCCUAUCCGUGGAUUUGUAGGAAGUCGGUUGUCAGAGACAGGUGGAGGGGGUAGGGAUCACGCGUGCAUCAACACCUCUGGCGAGAGCCACAGGCCAGAGAGCCUAGCUCUUCCGGAAGCCCUCACGCCCCUGCCACCCUGUCUUCCUGUCAGGGACUGGCUUCUCUUAUGCCAAAGGAAUCACCCCAUUGAAUUGAU